GCAGGUCGUGUCUUCGCCAUCCUAGAAAUUAAAAUAUGGCGGCCCGUAAACAUGUAGAGCAGCUGCGAGUCCAAACAUAGUUAUAUCAGCUGCAGCGCCCACAGCAAGGAAGUAUUUACUUACCCAAGAGUCCGGACUCGAGUACACUGAGACCAGUCAAACAGAGUCCAACGUUCAAAGGGCGAUGCUGUCUGUCAUUGUCAGGUCAGCUCUCACUAAAUACAGGGGGUUGAGGCUCCCCUGCCAGGCUGCGGUCAGGGCCAUGUCGUCCUCAGGUGGCCCCACCCCUCCUUACACCACGCUGGCCAUCAGUCAUCCAGCAGAGUCUGUCACACAUGUCGAGCUUCACCGACCUGAGAAACGCAACGCCAUGAACAAAGCUUUCUGGAGUGAGAUGGUAGAGUGCUUUAAUGAGAUUGCUGGAGACCCAGACUGCAGAGUGGUGGUGGUCUCUGGAGCAGGGAAGAUCUUCACAGCUGGUAUUGACCUGAUGGACAUGGCCAGCGAAGUCCUCCAGCCGCAGGGCGACGACACGGCGAGAAUUUCCUGGAACCUUAAAAAAACAAUCACCAAGUACCAAGAGACGUUCUCCGUCAUAGAGAAGUGUCCAAAGCCUGUUGUGGUGGCCGUCCAUGGAGCCUGUGUUGGAGGAGGUGUCGACCUGAUCACAGCCUGUGACAUUCGUCUGUGCACCCAAGACGCCUGGUUCCAGGUUAAGGAAGUCGAUAUCGGACUGGCAGCAGAUGUUGGAACCCUCCAGAGACUUCCUAAAGUCAUCGGCAGCCGCAGCCUGGUGAACGAGCUGGCUCUGACCGCCAGGAAGAUGUAUGCAGACGAGGCCAAGAGCAGCGGACUAGUCAGCCGAGUGUUUGCAGAUAAGGAGGCUUUGAUGGCCGGAGCUCUGGAGAUGGCCGAGGAGAUCGCCGGUCGCAGCCCUGUAGCCGUGCAGGGAACCAAAAUCAACCUCAUCUACUCCAGAGACCACAGUGUAACAGAGGGACUCGACUACAUGGCCACGUGGAACAUGAGCAUGCUUCAGACUCAAGACGUGAUGAAAUCAGCUCAGGCCUCCAUGGAGAAGAAGAGUCCCAAGACGAUAACUUUCUCCAAACUCUAAAACCUCACUGAGGCAAAAGCUGCUGUUUAAUCCUCCAAUGUGGCCUUUUCGUGGGAAAGGGGAACCGCAUCAUGUGACUUUGUUUUUCUACACUGAGCUUCUAAACACCAAAACUUAACAAAGUGUGACCAUUUGUGGAUGAUAUAAUCCAAAGAUCUAAUAUUGUUUUGGGUGGAAAUGCCUCAGAAACAUCUUGUGAUAACGGGAAACUUAACUUUAACCUUCUAAACUAAAAGGAAAUAAAAAGUCGUCCAUGUGUGGAAUCAGAA